AUGAAAGCUGAAGUUUUAAAUGAACUUGAUAAGAUAUGGCCGACACUAAAUCAAGUACGGUCACAAUUACUAUCAGGUCCUUUGCGCCGAUUAUCAGGAUUGAGUCGAAGAGAAAGUCAAAGAUCACCAUCAUCGUCAUUAUCUUCUUCAUUAAAAACUACGAACUCUCCGAUGCAACAAUGCUGGUCUACGUGUGAACCUGAUUCAUCUAUAGACAAAUCAAUCUGUCAGCGCACAAUCGAACCAUGUGAAUUUUGUUUUCAGCCAUCAAGUUCAGUAAUCAUGACCGACGCAUUUAAUGCUAAUAGUAAGAGACUGUCCAGUGAACCUCUUUCUGUACUGGAUCCAUUAACAGAAACAUUAGUUCAAAAUCAAUCGCCAUCGCAUUCAUCUGGUUUCGAUAAUGCGUUUGGCAACGAAUUAUCACCAGACAAAACUACCUGGACAUUAGGCGUUAAUGAUUUUUCAUCAUGCACAUCAAUAACAAGCGACGAUAUUUUCAGUGAUCAAGAUCGAUCUGUAUUCGAUGAUCAUUCUACACAUAACGAUACUGAUGAACAAGAUGUCGAUGACGAUAGUUUUGAAGUACUCUCAUUUGAAGCACCGCCAGAAAGUUCUCUAUACAUUAGAGAAUUUCCACACACGACAGUUACUGGUCAAAAUAAUGUUUGUGAUUGCUGCAGUGCGCCAUUGUCGUUAGUAUCAAAUGAACCUCAACGACGGUGUCAUUACUAUGGCAAAUUGUAUUGUUCACGUUGUCAUACUCUGGACUAUGCGUAUAUACCAGCAAAAAUAAUUCAAUCAUUUGAUAUGCGUCUUUAUCCUGUAUGCCGUCGAGCAAAAUCAAUACUUCAAUCGAAUUAUUACCAGCCAAUAUUUGAUAUUCAAAAUGAUAAUGAAAAUUUAUACGCAGUCGUACCUCUACUGGCGGAAAUAAAAGCAGCUCGAACACAGUUUCAAAAUUAUCAUGCCUAUUUAUCAACAUGUACACGUAUUGAACAUGAAUUAAAUGAAAAAUUUCUAAAAGAAUUCUAUGCACGCGAUUAUCUUUAUCAAAGUAUUCAUUUAUAUUCUUUAAAUGAUUUAUUAUUAUUAAAGAAAAUUGCCAAUAUGCUUAAGUCAGCUAGUCGACGAGCUAGACAACAUAUAGAUCAAUGUGUCAUAUGUCGUGCAAAAGGUUUUAUUUGUGAAAUAUGCAAGAAACGAAAUGAUCUGCUUUAUCCAUUCUAUGAUGAUAAAACAAUUGGCCGAUGUAAUAUUUGUGCAAAUACGUAUCAUAGAAAAUGUUGGGAUAAUAUUGAUCAUGAUUGUCCAAAAUGUUAUCGUUUAAUUCAACGAAAACAUGAACAAGAUAUGAUAUAA